AUGUUGAGCCGGCUGCUGCUACUGCUGGCAGGGGCCGCUGCUGCGACUGCGGCGGCUGCGGAGGGCCCACACGAGGCUGCGGACACGGAAGUCACUCGCCGCUACUGCUACUGUCACGACAAAGACGACAGGUUCAACAGUACCUACCAGACCUGCGUCCUCAGGCAGGGAGCGGAUGCUGGGCUCACUUGUACAUCAGAGAAUUUGCCAUUCCUAACUGUCUACGACUAUUACGCCACUGGAGUGCGGGGUCUCCUCAGGACGCACAACAUGAAACUGGGAUACAACUUGGGGCAAGUGGUCUGCGACCAGGAUGGCGGAAGAAUAGUUGUGCCGGAGACUAGCGAGGGUUACAAAAGCCUGAACAGAAUGAGUUCACAUAGGAAGCUGUAUAACUUUUUCAUAGGCGCAACGGAUCGGAGAGUGGAGGGUCGUUUCGUCGACGAUACAGGACUCCCACUACCAUCGCAUGCCCCUUGGAAGCCUCAAAUGCCAGACAACAAUUUCGACGAGGACUGCAUCGAAAUGAAGGAGUCUGGUAAACUGAACGACAUCAGUUGUUACACCCAAUAUGAGGAUGUCGUAUGUGAACGGCACAUGAGGGAAAUUCCCGCGGGCUACUUGUGGGUCUGGACUGCUCGGCGUUUCUGCAAGCUUUACACGGAACAGUUAUCCCAUGCGGCUGCAAGGAAGAGGUGUGAGGUGGAUCAAGCAACGCUUCUGGCCCCCGAAACUUAUGACCUAGUGGUUUUCAUUGUCGAGAAAAUAAAGCCAAAGAAUUCCUUCUGGGUAGACUUCUCUGAUGAAGAAGUCGAAGGACAGUUUGUCUCCAGCCAAGGGAAGCUUAUGGAAGACUUGGACUUCAAUCACUGGCACGGCCAGGAACCAAAUGGUGACGUCAAAGAGAACUGCGUCGCUAUGAGAGCAACUGGAGAUUACGUCGACGAAGACUGUGCACGAACCUUGAACUUUAUAUGUGAAAUAAAGAACUUCUAGAAGGCCACCCUGACUGCCUGGCUCACUCUGUGUUACCCAUGCUCGCGCUACAGGGGCUUAGUUUCAUCUUGACGGCGCAUUGACGACAUGCAUUGCCAGAACUACCCUGUGAAAGAUGUAAUGUCCGUCAAAAUGAAAUAGUAUAUAACAUAUAUUCGUUGUUAUUUCAAUGAAUAAAUAAUGGUAAUGGAAAAUCUUUGUUUUGAGUAUUUGAUUAUGAAUAA